AGCGCAACCAUCUUGACCUUCGGAUUCAACGUCGUGAUGACAACCCACGACUCGACACCGCGAUCUCCCUCCGAAAACGAGCCCGGAACAAUGACUCGUAGGGGAUCUUUGUUUUCUCAAAGUUCGAGUGAUUACCCAACUUCGGAAACGGCGGAAGUUUCCAGCCAGACAGAUGACGGUAAUUCGUCGGACGAAACAGAGGAUCUAGACGAGAAGUUUGAACACAAGUCGAGACGCCUGAUUGAGAUAAGGGAGGAGUUCGAACGCUUAAACGACGUAGCUAACCAGUUGAUCAACCAGCAGCUUGAGCAGCUCAAUCGUAAAAUCCAGGAUGUUCGGUCCGGGGAAGACGAAGAGUACAGGGCCCUGGAAGCCUCGCUCAGAGAACAGCAUCAAGAAAAAUUAGAAACGGCCUGCGUACGACUCAAUUUGCGUCGGGAGUCAGUGGAAAAACAGUUCGAGGCUCUAGUCAGGGCGAAUGAUCUGCAGAUGGCGGAAGCUAAGGCUCGCGCUCGCGUCGAAUUGCUCUCAGAAAUUUACAAGAAAUUGAGCGAGACGAUCGCGAACCGCUUCUCGGAACAGCUGUCGGAAGUUCAUUUGUUUGAACAGAUAUCGAAGUAUGUGAAGCGAUUUCUCAACGAUCCAAUCGACAGAUUCGAGCCCCGCAGUCGGAAAAAGCCGCUCACCGUGUCUUUCCCUUACAUUGUUUAUAAUCUGCAGGAUCAGGAAGUCGAAGAAGAUCUCACCGAAAUUCAGCAGGCUUGUAUACCUGACGAUCACCAAGAGGAGGACGCCAUGGACUAUGAAUCAGAGAAUGAGGACGAAGGACCUGAUGAAUGUCUGGUCGGAAGCGAUGAAUAAAAGAGUUA